AUGUUAUCACAAAUUCAACAACUAGCUCAGAAAGGUUUAACAUCAGGUUUUUUAAAAUCGAUUUCUUCAUCAUCAACAAUCAAUGAUUCUCUACCUUUAAUUUUUCAAUACGGACCAUUUACUUCUAAUCUAUUCUUUAAUUUUCGACAAGAAUGGGUACAAUCAUUUCUACGAAAUAAUUUCGGUCGUUAUAAUUUUCUUUGGCUUGAUUCAAUUGAUCAAAUAAAUCCUACAUCUAAUAUGACUAUUGCUUGGCAAACAAAACUUUCAUCAAACCAUUCUCAACCACCAUUAAUUCUUAAACAUGAUAAUUCCAUAGAAAAUAAUGAUUAUCUUUGUAUACGUUAUAUAAAACCGAUGAAUGAAAUUAAUUUAAUACGUCUAGCAGAUGAACGAACACGUUUUUGGAAAAAAUAUUUUUUAAGACGUGAAAAACUUGAAUGUAUAUCAUCAAAAUCAAAUCAAUUUGAUAUAAAUUAUCGCUUCUCCGAAGAUACGGAACCAUAUUAUUUAGAAACUAUUCAAUCAAAUAAUGAUUCAUCAUUAGAUUUACUAUUAAAUAUUAAUCAUACAUUAAUUACUUUAUUAAUUGAUUGUCAAAUGAAAAAUUUACAUCCAUUAUUAACAGCACAUCAAAUUGGAAUAAAAUCAACAUUAAAAUCAGCGGAAUUAUCUCGUUAUUUAUCAAAAUUAUUAACAUAUAAAUAUCAUUUACGUGUAUUAAGUUUAAUGAAUGAAGAAAAUUAUGAUUAUAUACCAUUUCAUAUUAUACUUAAUGAUGAUUCAUUAAAAAAUGGUCUUUGUUCAAUAUGGAAUCGUGAUACGGAAUUAAAUGAACAAAUACAUAUAAAACAAGUUGCAAAACGUUUAGCAGAUUAUUUUAAAGCACUUGAUGAUUUUAUUUAA